CAUGAUCCUUGUUUUACAGACUAGGAAGUCGAGCCUCAGGGGAGUGACGGGGCUUCUCCGCAGGCUCGGCGAAGAAAGCGAGGGUGGGAGGACCCAGACGAGCGGCCACAACAGCCUCAGCGGCCACAACAGCUUCAGCAGCCACAACAGCUUCAGCGGCCAACUCAUGUCAGCCGGCAGAGGGCGCAGGCAGCGGGCAGCUCCAGCUCCGCUGGGGCGUGGCCUUCUGGCGCACCGACACAGUUCCCUCUGUGGCCACCCAUUGGCUCCCUCUUACCGCCCUUUUCCGGGGCAAGGGAAGCUAGUAGCGGAGCCGGAAGUGAGGCACCCUCGGGCUCGAGACAGCAGCGGCGUUUAAAGCUGAGCGACCCAGUGCCACUGGAGACGGUCAGCUUCUCCACUCAGGCUCCUCCAGCCCGAGCCAGAAGACCCCCUCCCCCAGAAUUCUGGGGGCCUAUGGAAGGGAGCCGAGUCAGAUCGCGAGGUACCCAGAGCCGAGCCACAGGGCGUUGCCAGAAGCCCCGCCCCUAGGAGUGAUCGGAAAGCCUCACCCAUCCGGGUGAGGAACCUGGAGGGACCGCCUCGGGGCGGAGCCCGCCGACCAUGGCUACGCCCCCGGUGGCCGGUCCCGCAGCUCUACGCUUUGCCGCCGCGGCUAGCUGGCAGGUUGUGCGCGGACGCUGCGUGGAACAUUUUCCGCGAGUACUGGAGUUUCUGCGAUCUCUGCGCGCUGUUGCCCCUGGCUUGGUUCGCUACCGGCACCACGAACGCCUUUGUAUGGGCCUAAAGGCCAAGGUGGUGGUGGAGCUGAUCCUGCAGGGCCGGCCUUGGGCCCAAGUCCUGAAAACCCUGAAUCACCACUUUCCAGAAUCUGGACCUAUAGUGCGGGAUCCCAAGGCUACAAAGCAGGAUCUGAGGAAGAUUUUGGAGGCACAGGAAACCUUUUACCAGCAGGUGAAGCAGCUGUCAGAGGCUCCUGUGGAUUUGGCCUCGAAGCUGCAGGAACUUGAACAAGAGUAUGGGGAACCCUUUCUGGCUGCCAUGGAAAAGUUGCUUUUUGAAUACUUGUGUCAGCUGGAGAAAGCACUGCCUACACCACAGGCACAGCAGCUUCAGGAUGUGCUGAGUUGGAUGCAGCCUGGAGCCUCUAUCACCUCUUCUCUUGCCUGGAGACAAUAUGGUGUGGACAUGGGGUGGCCACUUCCAGAGUGCUCUGUUACUGACUCAGUGAACCUGGCUGAGCCCAUGGAACAGAAUCCUCCUCAGCAACAAAGACUAGCACUCCACAAUCCUCUGCCAAAAGCCAAGCCUGGCACACGCCUUCCUCAGGGACCAUCUUCAAGGACGCACCCAGCACCUCUAGCUGGCCGACACUUCAAUCUGGCCCCCCUAGGCCGACGAAGAGUCCAGUCCCAAUGGGCCUCCAGUAGGGGAGGCCAUAAGGAGCGCCCCACAGUCAUGCUGUUUCCCUUUAGGAAUCUCGGCUCACCAACCCAGGUCAUAUCUAAGCCUGAGAGCAAGGAAGAACAUGCGAUAUACACAGCAGACCUAGCCAUGAGCACAAGAGCAGCCUCCACUGGGAAGUCUAAGAGUCCAUGCCAGACCCUGGGGGGAAGGGCUCUGAAGGAGAACCCAGUUGACUUGCCUGCCACAGAGCAAAAGGAGAAUUGCUUGGAUUGCUACACGGACCCCCUGAGACUAUCAUUAUUACCUCCUAGGGCCAGGAAGCCAGUGUGUCCUCCAUCUCUGUGCAGCUCCGUCAUUACCAUAGGGGACUUGGUUUUAGACUCUGAUGAGGAAGAAAAUGGCCAGGGGGAAGGAAAGGAAUCUCUGGAAAACUAUCAGAAGACAAAGUUUGACACCUUGAUCCCCACUCUCUGUGAAUACCUACCCCCUUCUGGCCACGGUGCCAUGCCUGUUCCUUCCUGUGACUGUAGAGACAGCUCUAGACCUUUGUGAUAGAACUAAAAUGCCCUCUGUACUCUGCCUGUCUCCUGCCUCCUCAGCUCUGCAAGUAGUUUAGUAGGAAUGAAGUGGAAGUCCAGGCUUGGAUUGCCUAACUACACUGCUAAAAAUAUUUGUAAUCCUUAAUAAUUAAACUUUGGAUUUGUUAAAAUACUGCCUUGAUGUGAAGGAGGGGAAUUAAGGUUUCCAUAAGGUCAGCAUAGGCCAUUCCUUAGAAACAGAACUGUCCCUUCCAAACUGGAAGGAUCCCUUUGCCUUUUUUUACUUCCCUUGCUAAGUGUUGUUCAGCUGUGCCUAAAAGGGUUAGCAGGGUUGACAGCCUGGAAGAGAAAGGUCCUUUGGUAUUCUAGAAAUAUGUGUCCUAAUGCCAGAAUAUACUUUGUAAGUUCUCAUGCUGCCAGAUUAUCUGGGGGUGGUGGCACUAGAAUGGAGAUACUUCAUGGGAAUAAUACUCAUUGUUCUUGACCCCACUGGGUCAGUGCUGACCCUACCACCACCCACUCUGCAGCAGCACCCAGAUGCUAGCCUUGUACAGAAAGCCCCAGCAUCUCUUUACAGUCAAUGAGCUCUCUCUUUAUUGAGGUAUGUCAAAUAUACAAACACUUCAGAGCUUUUUAGAUAUGUGAAGUUCCCAUUUAGUGAAGCAGAUUAACAAAACAUGAUUCUAAAAGCCUGCCUCCUCUAGACCAAGGCCAUGUAAAAGAUUUAUGUACCAAUCAGCAUCUUUUCCUUUUAAUAAUCUUCAGGAUGUUGGGUCCCCAGAUUCUCAUUUGAUUUUCUUGCAUCAUUUUCUCAGACUGUUUGCUUCCUUGCUUCCUCCCCAGUGAGUGCCUUGGGCAUUUUGUGUGUGCAGAUAGAGAAGUACAGAGUUACUGCAGGAGCCCUCAGGAGUGAGACAACAGGAAAUGACAAAGUAACAGAGAGCUGCAGUAGCUGGGAUGGGUGAGGACCCCACUUGGGAUGCCCCAUGGUAGAGUACUGGUGCCUUGGGAGGGUAGAACUGCUCAGGUCUAGCACGCCUCACUGAAGAUUGGAUUCACCUGCUGGGUGACUCGAAUGAAGGUAGUUCUCCUGCUCAACUCUUUGAGCUUAGCUGCUCCCACAUAGGUACAUGUAGAGCGGAUCCCUCCUAGGAUGUCUCGGAUGGUAUGUUCCACAUCUCCUUUAAAAGGAACUUCCACUGUCUUUCCCUCUGAGGCUCUUAAAGUAGGAAAAACUUUAUUAUCUUCUCUUCUGGAUUCCUUAAGCCCAGGGACUUUUCCCCAGACCCUAGCAUUGAGCCCCGGUUCACCAUGCUUUUCCUGAGAACUGUACCAUCCCCCUCUCAGCAGCCAUGAGUUCUGCCCCCAUACUAUUACUAAGCUUCUGGGCCUCCACACAUACCUGUACUCAGCCACGCCGCCAGCAUACUUCUUCAUGGCCAUUUCAGAACUCAUUCCAUAGAAGAGCUUGUACUUCUUGCCGUCCCUCUCGAUGAGCUCACCACCUGACUCACUGUGCCCAGCCAGCAUGCCACCCAGCAUCACAAAGUCAGCUCCUGCCCCUGCCACCAUCAUGGAGGGGGGAAAGAGAUUAAUCUGGCCAAGGUGCUCACAUGGCCACCCUCAAGAGCAACUCACACCAUAUUCUCAGUCCUGACAAUGAUUCCAGCAUCUUCCUCAUUCAGCUUCCCUAGCUGACCCACAAUCCAUGCAGGCCUGAUCUGCCCUGGCCUCUAUUCCUCAGUGGGUAUGAUUUCCCCAAGAUUUAAAGAAGAGCCUCUGGAGAGUCCCUGCCUGGCUUUUGCUUUCUCCUUUUGCUGUUUUUACCAUCAUCGUCUGGUCAUUUCAUUUUACUGUGCCCAGCUAAAUAAGACUCAUUUCAUGUGUCCCAAGAGCAAAGAUCCCCAACUCUAAUGGGAGUAAUGAUCUCCUGGGAAGCUGUGCAAAAUGAAAAAUGCAGAUGUGCUGUCCCAUUCCUCAGAGCCUAAUAUUUUUAGGUAUGGCUGGGGAUCAGGAGUCUGCACUGUGCAGCAAUCUAGGAGAUGGUGAGAUGGCCCUGGCCCACACUUGGAGUCUCAGAUGUCCCCUGCUGGCUGCCCCAGGUGAUACCAUAGACUUCAGAGUCACUAAUUCAUAUUAUGAAAGAAUCUGAAUGACUUCCUGAGCCUCUCUUAGCCUGACCCUAGACCCUCAGAGGUGAUUCAUCCUCUUGUAUAGAAUCAUCCUUCCAUGCCCUCAAGCUCCUUACCAAAAGCCUUGGCCACAUCCCCAGGACAGCUGCAACCUCCAUCCUGCAAAGUAAGGAGCACUAUGAACACAACAUGGAUUUCCCAAGCCCUCAGCGAUGUCCCAACAGCCCAACUCAAAGCCAACAAGAACCCAGGAAUUCUAAUCCAUCUCUGCCACCUCCAUACCCUGCAGAAACCCAGCUCAUACCCUACCCUGCCCUUGAGUCUUACUGAAAUGAUGUGGCCUUUGAGGCCAUGAGCAGCAUCUGCACACUCCAUCACUGCACUGAGCUGUGGAUAUCCCACUCCAGUUUUCUUCCGAGUAGUACACACAGAGCCUAGGAAGAACAUGACAAGGGUGAGAAUGAUGUGCUCCACAGGUGUUUGCCACUGAAGGGGGGUAGCCGGUGGUCCCCCAGUGAACCAGCUUACCUGGCCCAAUUCCCACUUUGAUGAUGUCAGCCCCAGAAAGGAUGAGCUCUUCUACCAUCUCUCCUGUUACCACAUUCCCUGCCUGAGACAGAGCAAUUGAAAUACAGCAUCCUUAGGGCCAGAAACAGGAGGUCAUGUAUUGUUACAGUAUGCAUGGACCAUGACUUUCCAACAUUAUUACAAAGAAAGGAUAACUAGGUCCCCUCUACUGGGCCCUCUGAGGGCUUUUACACUAGACACUUUAGAGAACCCUGCUCCCUACCCAUUCGCCCAACACCAAGCCAAGGUAGGAGUGAGUGGCCAAUGUCACCACUGAACCUAGGGUAAAGCUGAGGUCCAUGAUGCACUUUUCUAAGGCAACAAGGUGCUAUGAUCAACAGGGACACAUGAAGUGGCAUGGAGGAGCCUUGAGUGAGGCAAAGGGAAUUACUGGACCAGGCUCACAUCUGAUUUACAGUAGAUUUAGCUCCCCUUCCUCAAGAGACCCAAACAUAUUCUGUCCUUAAGCCAUUCUGUCAUAGAACCUGUCUGGCUUCAGGGAAAGGAAGAAGGCAUGGUAGUGUAGGCUAAAGACCCAUUUGACCAGUUGUAUUGGCUUUUGAUGGUCAGUAGACACACCCCUCAAUGCUGUGAAGAAAAUGAAGGCCACUCUUCUAAGGUUGUAAAAAAAUAAAUCAUUGUUCAUGUGA